GCACUUGUUAGGCAUGGCUCUGCUGGAGGAGCAGCAACAGCUAGAGAACAUUGGGGAUGACGAUGAAGUUACUUUCAACUUCACCCUCAAAAUCUCCCAUGGUGGUUAGCAUUAAAACGAUGCGUGAGUGCACAGCUGCUGCACCUCCCUGUGAAGGAACAGGGCACUGUCACAAGGAGACUGUGUGGGACAAAGACAAAGCAGAGAGAAAAAGGAAAGCUGAACUGUGCUGGAAAAAGACCAUGGCUCAAACAUUAGAGAGCCAGAGUCAUUUUAUCAAUAAGUACAUAGAUCUGCUCACGCAGGAUUCAGAGGAUCUGGACGCCUCAGCCUCUACAUCAGCAGAGCAUGGGUACCUAAGCAUGCUCGUAGUGACGCAGUGUUCUUAAUAAGUCAACUUGUAUUGUAUUCUCAAUAUCCAGUCAGUACAUUUAUGUCAGUAAAUGCAUGCAUCAACACUUCCUUGACUUUGCUGAGCAGUUGUCUGUUCUUUGUCCUAAAAGUUCUUGCAUAUAAUGGUGGUCUUCACAUAACAUAAGUAAACUCCCAUCCUUAAACUCUUUAUCUUGCAUAUUCAUUUGGAGCAUUUUCUGUUGGGGUAAAUGAGUAGAGAGGAUCCUAGGCCAUUUUUAGCAAUUUCCUGGUGAGUAAAAAAAGAUGAAUCCAUUUAUUCAACAUUAAUUAUUUUAACAAAUUCAGAGGGACCUUAACAUAAAAUUAAGGUUAUAGUGUACUUGUAACCAUCCGUCUCUGCUUGGUACAGCCCCAGUUCAGGUGACGGUGCUCUGGUGUGUGUGGGACCUCGUCGUUGGCGUGCCAGAGGAGGAGAGAGGAGGCAGAUGGAGAUGUGUAUCCUGUGUCACGAAGCGCAGGAGAUCCUACCUGAUGGCACCACCAUGGUGCUCGCUGCCUUUGUCCAACGCUCUACGGUCAUGUCCAAGAACCGCAAAAGACCCCCUCACAAUCCAGAUACUUUGAGACACUCCAGAGUCAGGAUGCGCAGUGGCUGCAUGAGCAAACCAGUUACGAUGUAGAGAAUGGGGAGUACUUGUGUCCACUCUGUAAGUGUCGCAGUAACACUCAUUCCUCUCCUGCCCCUCACUGAGACCACCUGCAGUUACAGCAAUAGUGAGCAGCCAGGUCUGGCUCAUUGGCUGAAUACAACAUGCCAGCAGAUCAGAGCCUUGCACUCUGCUCAUAAGAGAGCCAAGCCAACAAAUGAGACUGGUGAGACAGAGACUGUGGAGGACUCUCCUCCUCCUGAGAGUUUCAGGCUGGACCACACACCAGACAACCCUUAUUCAAGCUCCAUAAGGGAGAUGCUGAUGACAUUUGGGACCGCAACUUAUAAAGUUGGCCUUAAGGUGCACCCUAAUGAGCAGGACCCCCGUGUGCCUAUCAUGUGCUGGGGCAGCUGUUCUUACACCAUCCAGUCUAUAGAGAGAUUAUUGGUAGAUGAGGAGAAGCCUUUGUUUGGAAGUUUACCCUGUAGACAGGUAUGACAACCCAACUUAUUGUCAUAUCUCAGCCCAGCCAGGACUCGGUUUCCCGAGAAGAAACAUCCACUUCUAACGUGGCUGCUGAGGACUACACUUCCCACACACGCAUGUGCUCACCUCCCCGGAGUUCUGAUCUCACACACCUGCAGCCAAUCACCUUAUCCACUCACCACGGAUACAGAGACACUUUGAGAAGUAAAUGUUCAGCAGACUAGUUUCUCUGUCGUUCUCCAAGCGUUACCUACUGUGUUUAUUCGAUAAAUGACUUUGACCUUU